UGCGCAACACCAGAAGCGCCGAGAGCAACAGCACUGACGACGACAACAAGCGAGACCAACAACAACGAUGACGACGCGAGUGUUUGUGGUGGUGGCGCUGGCUGCGCUUGUGUGCAGUGCCGCUGCGUUCUCGGACCCAAACGAGGAGAAGCCUGCUGGCGGCGACCUUCCCAAGGAUGGCAAGCUUCGCGUUGGUAUCCUGAAGCGUGUCCCUGACAGUGAAUGCCCUCGCAAGUCUGCCAGUGGCGACAAGCUCAGCAUGCACUACACCGGCUGGACACGCAAGGAUGGCAAGGUGUUUGACAGCUCUGUGAGCCGCGGCACCCCGUUCGAAUUCACCGUUGGCACCGGCAUGGUCAUCAAGGGCUGGGACCGCGGCCUCCUCAACAUGUGUAUCGGCGAGCGCCGUCGGCUGACCAUCCCCAGCGACCUGGCGUACGGCGAUGCGGGUGCUGGCGGGAAAAUCCCGGGAGGUGCAACGCUCGUGUUUGACGUGGAGCUCCUGCAGAUCAACGGCAAGGGCAAGGACGAGCUGUGAGUCCGGCAGCUGCGUGUGUAUACACACCCGCCCCCUCCCCCCCCCUCUCUCUCGCAUGUUGCGUGGCGGAAACGGUUGCCUGGUGUCGUUUGACUGAGUGUUUCUGCUUGCACGUGGUCGAUAUUGAACCAAUGACCCUUCAGAA